CAUUUCACGCUAGAGUGUUUGAGGCAUUCUUCCGUGCUUAUCCCUACAGCUUCUCAGCCCAAAUGAUGCUGCAUGCAAUUAACAUGCACUAAAAAGAAGGUGCAAAAUGAAAACAUCACGUUCUAAGUGAGCCAAACUUGGAAAUUCCCAGUUUCUACAAUUCUGUGACCCUAAGCACUUAAUAUGACACAUAUUACAUAUGUUCAUGUUGUGCUGAUGCUAAGCUUUUUCCAACAUAAGACAUUGUUUUCCACUGGUUUGGCAAGAAGACAACCAGAUGUAGUGGAUGAACUUCGGCUACAUAAUGAUCUACAGGUUAUCAAGAGAGAGUCACAAGUUAUUCUGUACUGGAACAACAACCUGACAAAAGAAGAGACAGAGAAGUACAGUGUGAAGUAUAUUCUGAGUUACACAUUCUUUGAUACAUCUCAGGAAAGGAAAGAAAGACUACAGGAAAAGAAAAAAAGAAUACGUCUUGAGCUACAUACUGGUUUUAAAGCUAAAGUUAAAACACAAGUUUUUAUGAAAGAAACAGAAGACCUAAUUAAGGAGAGCGGCUGGACAGAAUGUACAUACAGGUCCCCUCCAGUAUAUAUUCAAAAUCUUUCAUGCAUCAUAUAUAAUAUUUCUUUUCUCAAUUGCACCUGGCAUAUUAAAGCAGAAGAUCCUGCAGAUGUCCAGUAUUAUUUUUCAUACAGACACACUGAAAAACAUUUUGAAUGCCAGCAAUAUAUUAAAAAUGCAAGGAAUAAAAAUAUUGGAUGCCACAUGAAAGAAAUAUCUUUCCAACCACUAAAGAAAAUAAUUUUAAACAUAUCUGUAAUAGAUCUAAGAAAUAAUUCAAGAAGAAUGUCUUAUUAUAAAGGUUUUACACCUCAGAAAAUAGAGAAACUGAACCCACCGAUCAACGUCUCUGUUUCCCUUGAAAACAGAAGUAUUAAAAUUCACUGGAAACCCCCGCCUACCAUUGGUUCAAGAGAAAAAAACUGCUUUAAGUAUCAAGUGAAAAUAACAAACAGUAAGAUUGUAAAUGUCACUGAAGAGAAAUAUGAGUAUCCACUUAGGCCAGCAAAAAAAUGUUCAGCACAAGUGAGGGCCAAGAAAGAGGUUUGCAUAACAAACAAGAUUUGGAGUGACUGGAGUGAACCGGUGAUUAUUUGUGAUGAAAAAACUGUGGACAGCGUGCUGCUAAGCCUCACAUUGUUCUGCCUUGUGAUUUUCCUUGGAAGUUUGCUGAUAUGUGCGUGUAGAAGGUAUAGACUCCUGGAAGCUAUAGCCAUGCCCUUUCCGGGUCCUACAGAUAAAGUUGCAACUUGGUUAGCUACAGAUGAGACUCACCACCAGAAGCAAAAUUCAAUGCAGUUGGAGAUGCACUCAGAGAUCAUUCUGAUAAUAUCAGAAGAUAAUGGAGAUGAGGACAUUCAGCGACAUAGACAUUUGAAAGAAUCUGAAGACCUGUAGGAGUGUUAUGCUUUUUUCUUUAUUUUUUUAUCUGCAUGUAAGAGCUAACUUUCUGUUAACUGGAUUCCCUGUGAUCCAAGAAAGGCUGAUACUGGAGUUUGUCUGAUCCAAAUACUUUGAAAUAUUUUGAGUUCUGACAUUGUGCAACUCUUAAAAUGAGAAUCAAGAAGGCAUAGUAUAUUGCAGUUUGUCUCUAACUGCUACUGAUCUUCAGCCCAGUAAAAGCAUUUCAGGUCAGACAAUAUGAUUGAAUAAUUGAAUCCACCCAGGUCAAGAUGGAACUAGAGUUUGUGCUGCAUUAGCUUCCAAAUAAUGUCCAAUAGAUCAACACCUUCGUAGACUGGCUUUUUAUACAAAUACCAUACUUCCUAUUCAAUAUCUGAUUGAAGAAAUAAGAAGUGAUGGAAGAAAGAAACAUUUCUGGGAACUGCAGCAGAAGCUCACAAUGAUUCUCUAGAGCUUCAAAAAAUAUCAUACAUUGUGUAAGUAGAUAUUAACUAGAAAGAGUUAUGCAUGAAGACAUAGUCUUUUAAUGUGAUAGACCUAUCCUUUUGCAUUUAGCAAAGGGAGAAAACCUUAAACAAGGUAAAAAAGAAAUGUUUUUAACCUAUUGUAAUUGUUUAAAAAACUGAGAGAAGGUACAGCUCUGAACUGAACAACUACUGCUAUUUAAUUUUCCCUAUCUUUGCGAAGAAAUCUUCCUCUCUAUUUCUAUGAAAUAGCAAUCCGCACAAGCUCAUGCAAAUUCAUGCACAGGGUAGAAGAGAUGACCCAGUGAACUACUGACCUGUUAGCCUCAUCUCUGUGACAGGGAAGAUCAUGGAACAGAUCCUGUUGGAACCUAUGCUAAGGCAUGUGGAAGAGAGGGAGGUGAGAUGAGGACAACCAGCAUGGCUUCCCCAAGGGCAAGUCCUGCCUGGCUAAACUAGUUACCUUCUACGUAGAUGUAUCUGCAUCGGUGGACAAGGAAAAAGCCACUGAUGUCAUCUAUCUGGACUUUAGUAAGGCCUUGAACAUGGUCCGCCAUACCAUCCUUCUCGCCAGACUGGAAAUAUAUGGAUUUGGACUGUUGAUGGACAAGAAACUGGUUGCAAGACCAUACUCAGAGAGCAGUGGUCAAUGGCUCAAUGUAUGAAUGGAGAUUUGUGACAAGUGGUGUCUCUUGGGGGUCAGUACUGGGACCAAUGCUCUUUAGUACCUUUAUUGACAAUACUGAUAAUGGGAUCAAGUGCACCCUCAGCAAGUUUACAGAUGACACCAAGCUGUGUGGAGAAGUCUACACUCCUGAGGGAUGGGAUGCCACCCAGAAACCUAGACAGGCUUGAGCAGUGGUCCCAGAUGCACUUCAUAAGGUUCAAUAAAUUCCAGUGCAAAGUCUUGCACCUGCAUCGUGGCAACCCCUGCUGUCAGUACAGUCUGGGAGAUGUAAGGAUGGAGCACAGCCCUGCUUGGGGGUACUGGUGGAUGGCAAGCUGGACAUGAACCAGCAAUAUGGCAACCAUAUCCUGGGCUGCAACAAAAGAAGCAUGGCCAGCAGGUCAAGGGAGGUGAUCCUGCCCCUCUGCUCUGUGCUGGUGAGGCCUCACCUGGAGUACUGUGUUCAUAUAUGGAGUCUUCCAUACAGGAGAAAUGUGGACCUGUUAGAGCACGUCCAGAGAAGGGCCACAGAAAUGAUCCAAAGGAUGGAACACCACUACAAGGACAAGCUGAGAGAGUU